ACACUGCUGGGAAUGCUGGGACAUUAUACAGUAACACCACUGGAGGGGUCGGGUGAUGACUGUAUCAUUGUGUGUCAGGUUCCUAUAAGGUGUCAGGACGUGGCGGUCUAUUUCUCCAUGGAGGAGUGGGAGUAUGUAGAAGGACACAAGGAUCAGUAUAAGGAUCAGGUCAUGAUGGAGGAUCAGCAGCCCCUCACAUCACCAGUCAGAUCCAGUAAGAGAACAGCACCAGAGAGGUGUCCCCUUCCUCUUCUUCCACUGGAUGAUCAGGGAGAAGAUCCGAAUAAUAUUAAUGCUCCAGAGACAGAUGUGAGCGGUGAUGAGCAGUAUAAGGAGGACAUUCCUACAGAGAAAGAUCUGAUCUUUAUUAAUGCUACAGACAUGAAGGAAGAACAAGAGACAUAUGAGAGCGGAAACGAACAGUAUAAGGAGGACAUUCCUACAGGGAAAGAUCUGAUCUAUUCUACAGACAUAAAGGAUGAAGAAGAGACAUAUGUGAGUGGUGAUGAGCAGUUUAAGGAGGACAUUCCUACAGGAAAAGAUAUGGACAAUAAUAAUGCUACAGACAUGAAGGAAGAAGAAGAGACAGAUGUGAGCGGUGAUGAACAGUAUAAGGAGGACAUUCCUACAGGUAACCGUCCAG